AUGUCUUAUAAACUGAAAUCAAAUAAUAUUACUUGUCUUUUCUGUUUCCUCUUUCUUUAUCUUUUGCACUUAAAACAAUCUGCUAGUUUCCCACCUGUGCUCAUAGAAAAUCAGCACAUUAUUGAUCAAAUUUUCAUUAACCGUCUGAUUAAUUAUUCAUUAAAGGUAAAAAUAAACUUGAUUAAAAUAAACACUGACACACUUAUGAGUGACAUGUCUAUCCAAGAGGAAGAAGAAGAAUCAACUGAAGAGCACAGUGAGCCUGCCGAAGAAGACGUCAAUACGACAAUGGUGUGUGAUGAGGAACUAGCUGAGGAGCUAGGUUUAGAUUUGGAAGAGGAUGAGGUAAAAGAAGAAAGUGAGAUGGAGGUAGUAGACGAAGUAGAAGAAACGUUGAAAGAGAUAAAUGCUCGUGAUCUAACGUCAAGUCAGCUUGUUCGAGUACAGGUAUCUCCUUAUGGGCUGGAUACAAAUAUAGAAAAACAUUUAGAGAGGAUCCAGAAAAUGGGCUUAUCUGUAGAAAAAAAAGAGAGGAAGAAAAGGAUCAUUAUUCAAGUUACAAUAACGUCAUGCUGA